CUUUUUCUCUCUUUUUUUUCUUUUAUUUUUUUGUAAUUUUAACCUCAAUGAAAGAAAUUCAACCUUCUUCUAAUUACACAACUAAUCAAUGCUAUAAUGCUUCCAGCGAAAUUACAUUACCAUUUGAAAGACAAUGGAGUAUUCGACAAGCAAACAGUAGACUCCAAGCUUAUGGAUUACAAACAGCGUUAGAGAAUGAUCUUAAUUGUCAAGUAUUACGAGAAAAGGAAAAACAAGUUCAAGGUUCAGCUAUCCCAUUAGACAAUCUAAAUGGCUCGACUGAAUCUCAAUUCAGCAGUAACAAUCCAUAUCUUUCAGGCACAGCAAUGAUUCAGCAACCCAGUCGAUCCCCUGCUUAUCGAAAUCCAAAACACAAAACUUAUGGCUUUCAGGACCCCUUCGCUGAGGCACCUAUGGAAGCUUGGCAAGAAAUAAAAGAUUAUAAUUUACGAGUGAAUGGACUACCGACGUUGGAUCAAAUGAUGCGACUUCAUACUUAUAGCCCUCUUACACAAUCCAAUUUUGCAACUUUUUUACGGCGGCGUAAUGUGCAUCAAAAUCUAAAUUUUUUAAUGGAAUUAGAGACGCAUGAUAAGCUUUGGAGAGCAUAUCUUCAAAGUAUAGAUCGUCAGAAUAGACAACGACUUUCAAGGUUUUUAGAAUCUGCAGCAGAAAAGGAACCAUACUAUCAGAAUAAUAGCUUACCAACAAGCCCUUCUGGUAUUAUAUCGUCUUCUAUGGCUUAUUUAGAAACAUCCGAUACAGAGGAUCUCUUAACAGCUUUACCUCCUCUGCCUUUAACACCACGUUCAUAUAACAGUCAAGUUGAAUAUUAUGCCUCUCGAGGUGAUGCAUCGUUAAAUCGACAUGAUCUUAUUCAAAAUGCAACUCGUAUCUAUCGCACCUAUUGUUCACCAUUAAAUGAUGCAGCACAGACAAUCCAUUUACCAGAUGACCAUCGUCGAGCACUAGAAGAAUUAGUUGAAAACAAUAAAAGACCUGAGCCAAUCGUAUAUGAUUCAGCUCGAUCCCAUGUCUUUGAAAUUUUAAAUGUCUUUUAUUAUCCACUAUUUGUAGAUGAUGUCCUUCAUAAAAACAUCUCUAUCGGUACUUCUCGUUUGUUUUUAGGACUUGGAAUGAUUAUAUUAAUAUUAGGUUUUUCCCUGGAGUUAUCAUCGAUAUUUUUAGAUACAGGUACUAUUUAUUUACGUUGGAUUGCUUCACUGCCUUUCUUUAUAGGCUGGUCAUUAUUGAUUACUAGUCUAACGGAUUUUUCUUGGUGGUUUGGCAUAUUUAGUAUAAAUGAAAUUCAGUUUAUGAUUUAUUCAGAAAUUCAAGAUAUUACCGUGAAAAGAUUACAUCGUAAAAGAGGAUGGAUUUGUUUAAUCCUUAUACUUUUUUCUUCUUUAAUUACAACUGUUAUUUUUGUCUUUAUUCCCUCUCAUCGUUUAUAGCAUAUUUAUUUAUUUAAUUUUUUCUUAUUAUAUCCUUAUUCUACUAAUAAUUAUUAUCUAUAAAAUAUAGAUACUUAUCCAGUUCGGGUAAAAAUACAUGUGUGUAUACCUUUUACUAAAAUAAUGUUGCAAGGGAAAAAAAAAAAAUCAAAGUGUAUCACUUACAUGAAAAAAAAAGAGUGCUACACAAUACAGGAAAUUAAAAAAAUAAAAUAAAAUAAAAAAUAAUAGCAUGUCGUAUAUAACAAUUGUUUACUAAGUAGGAUAAA